AUGUGUUAUAACUCUGAGCGAAGGAAACUUCUAAAUGAAACAAAUGAGUUUGUGGGAGACAAAGUUGCAUAUGCACUCUCACUAGGGAGGAAAGUUAUCGCUUGCAUUGGGGAGACUCUUGAGCAGCGGGAAGCUGGUACUACUGUUGCUGUUGUUUCUGAGCAAACAAAGGCAAUUGCAGAGAAAGUAUCAAACUGGGAUAAUGUUGUUUUGGCCAAUGAGCCAGUUUGGGCCAUUGGAACAGGAAAGGUUGCAACUCCUGCUCAGGCACAAGAGGUAUGCUUACAUCGCUAUGCAGUGUGA